AGACCAUAAUAUGAAUUUAAUGAGGACUUAAUUGAACUUUGUGGCAAAUUUCCAUUUCAAUUAUCACCCGCCAAAAAGCGUGGGGAUUUAAAAUGAACUAAGGAAGCACCGUUUCUCUGAGGUUGAAAAUGGCAGUCACUAACAGAACACCGGCAGUGUCUUCUCGGAUGGACGAUGACAGUGAAGACGAGGAGGAACCUCUGUCUCCGUCCGAUUCUCCGUCCGAUUCUAGCGACUCCGGUGAGGAAUAUGCUAUUGAACAAGAAGAAGAUCUUGAAACGAAGGACGUCGAUGGUCAAAACCGGCCAUCUUCCCGAUGUCAGUCUUACGAAGAUCUUAAAUCAAAGAACGUAGACGCUCUUUUAAGAGGGAAUCUUGUAGUAAAGAGACAAUCAUUGCUUCCUAGAGUACUUUCGGUAACAGAAGGAGCAGCGAUUUGUAGGAAACCUUUCAAACCUCCAUCUUCUGACGGAUAUAAAGAUGGCAAUCAGAAUCUUUCUCAUCGCCUUUCGGCUCGAAAACGGUUUGUUCCUUGGGGAUCUAGCAUACCCGUUUCGAUUGCUAUUACUAAUAGAAUUAGUGUGUCCAGUAAUGUCGACAGUGAUGUAGUAGUGGAGGAAAGUGUCACUUUGCCACCUGGGAUUGAGCCUCUGGUGCUGUGGCAAGCUGGAGAAUGUGAAGCUGGAGCUACAUUAUCUAUUAUGGUAGAGUCGUUGCUUGUUCAGUUCCUUCGACCACAUCAAAGAGAAGGGGUUCAAUUCAUGUUCCAAUGUGUUUCGGGAUUACAUAGUGGUGCCGAUAUUAAUGGAUGCAUUUUGGCUGAUGAUAUGGGUUUGGGGAAGACUUUGCAGUCGAUCACAUUGCUUUAUACUCUUCUUUGUCAAGGGUUUGAUGGAAAGCCUAUGGUUAGGAAAGCCAUCAUUGUGACCCCCACCAGUCUUGUGAGCAAUUGGGAGGCUGAGAUCAAAAAAUGGGUUGGGGAAAGAAUUAAGCUUAUAGCUCUCUGUGAAAGCACUAGGGAUGAUGUUGUCUCUGGAAUUGACAGUUUCACGAGUCCUAGAAGCAAUUUGCAGGUGCUGAUUGUUUCUUAUGAGACGUUCCGAAUGCAUUCAUUAAAAUUUAGCCAUAGUGAAUCGUGUGAUCUCCUAAUAUGUGAUGAGGCUCACAGGCUAAAAAAUGACCAGACAAUAACGAAUAGGGCAUUGGCAGCUCUCUCAUGCAAACGCCGCAUUCUGUUGUCUGGAACCCCAAUGCAGAAUGACCUAGAAGAAUUUUUUGCAAUGGUGAACUUCACUAACCCAAGAAUUUUAGGUGAUGCUGCAUAUUUUCGCCGUUAUUAUGAGUCACCAAUUAUUUGUGGAAGAGAACCAACUUCCACAGAAGAAGAGAAGAAGUUGGGUGCUGAGCGCUCUGGUGAAUUAAGUGCAAAAGUGAAUCAGUUCAUCUUGAGAAGGACUAAUGCCUUGCUAUCAAAUCACCUCCCACCAAAGAUUGUUGAAGUUGUUUGCUGCAAAUUGACUCCUCUCCAAACAGAGCUAUAUAAUCACUUUCUAAAUUCCAAAAAUGUAAAACGAGCAAUUACUGAAGAAACAAAGCAAUCAAAAAUUUUGGCCUAUAUUACAGCUCUUAAGAAGCUCUGCAACCAUCCAAAGCUCAUAUAUGAUACAAUGAAAAGUGGAAGUCCGGGAACUUCAGGGUUUGAAGAAUGCAUGCGCUUUUUCCCUCCAGGAAUGUUCUCUGGGAGAUCUGGUGCAUGGACCGGCGGUGAUGGGGCGUGGGUUGAACUUUCCGGUAAAAUGCAUGUUUUGGCUCGACUUCUAGCUCAUUUACGUCAGAGAACUGAUGAUCGAAUUGUUCUUGUCUCAAACUAUACGCAGACGCUGGAUCUUUUUGCUCAAUUGUGCCGAGAAAGAAGAUAUCCACACCUAAGGCUGGAUGGAGCCACAUCAAUUGGUAAAAGACAAAAGCUAGUUAAUUGCUUCAAUGAUCAGUCCAGGGAUGAGUUUGUGUUUCUCUUAAGCAGCAAGGCUGGUGGUUGUGGACUUAAUCUGAUAGGUGGUAAUCGGCUUAUCUUAUUUGAUCCUGACUGGAAUCCAGCCAAUGACAAACAGGCUGCUGCAAGAGUUUGGCGGGAUGGACAAAAGAAGAGAGUGUACAUAUACAGAUUUCUGAGUACUGGGACAAUUGAAGAAAAGGUCUACCAGCGCCAAAUGUCAAAAGAAGGGCUUCAAAAAGUUAUCCAGCGUGACCAAAAUGACGGUCUCACAACGCAGGGAAAUUCUCUUUCAAUUGAAGAUCUACGAGAUCUGUUCACAUUUCAUGGGGAUAUCAGGUCUGAAAUACAUAAAAAGAUGAACUGCACUCGUUGUCUAUCUUCUGAUGAUUGCCUUGAGAGCACCAUAGAUGAAGAUGGAUCAAAAUGUAAUGAAUCAGAUGAGGAGGUGGUUGACAUAGGUGGAUUUGCAAAAGUUGCUGGAAUCCUGCACAAAUUAAAAAGCUCAGAGAAGCAGGAAGGGACUCCACUGGAGGAGGAUUUAGGAAACUGGGGACAUCAUUAUCACUCGACAUCUGUGCCUGAUGCUAUACUUCAAGCUUCAGCUGGCGAUGAGGUCACAUUCGUUUUCACAAAUCAAGUGGAUGGAAAGCUUGUACCAAUUGAACCAAAAGAAAGAAAUCAGAGCCAGCUCCAGCUUCUCGGUAAAGAAAAUCUGAGCAGAACUUCAAGCUUAUUUAAACAUCAUAAACUUUCAAGGUCCUUUUCUCCAAGUGGAGAUUCUAAGGCAGAAACAUUACCUGCCUCUUCUAAGCCUAUGGAGAAAAGAUCUAUUUUAAAGAAAACAGACCAGAAUUCAGCAUUACAACCCAAACUCUCAUUUGGAAAUCAAUUACCACUAAAAAGGUUAGCCCCUUACAAUGUUGAACAUGAUGAUGAUUUUGAGUGAAAUUCGGUGGCUCAACUUUUCAAA